CUGUCGUACAAGCGUCAAGUGAAGCUAUGGCAUUUAGUGAAAGACAUUCGUAAAUUUAUGAGAAUAUUUAAAUGUUAGUGUUAAAUUUUAAAUAACUAUUAAUAUGAGUAGAUAUUACGAUUACGGUAACGCGAUAUCAUGUUGACAUGAGACGGUCGCACGUCAACAAUGGUUAAAACACGGUCUUCAGCGAGAGUAGGGAAUGCGGCUACGAGUGCUCCCGCUGAGAAUGGGACUUCCGAACUUAGAACACGUCUCAAACCCACUGAGAACGGACACCGCUCGCAAAAGAGCAGCAGUAACAAUAGGAACAAUCAGGCAUUACCGUCGAGUGGGUCUGGGCACGGCGCGGGUUCACAGGGCAAGGACCCACUGGCACCGGCGCUGCCCGGCUCCAGGAACAUGUACCAGCAUCCCGCAGUCACCGGGUACAACCCACAGGACGCCAGGGGCCAGGGCAUGCCCGUCACUGCGCGGCAGAACCCGAUGUACGCGGGGGGCAUGUACCACGGGUACGCGCACGGCGGCGCGGGCGCAACCCUCACGUCGAUGCCGUCGCCGUCGCCCACCGCGCCCCUGACCCCCUUUCCGGUGCAUCCUGAUGUUAAAUUUAAAAAGCUUCCCUUCUACGACGUGUUGGCGGAGUUGAUGAAGCCGUCCACCAUGAUGCCCAUGCAGGCGGGCCGCAUGCAGGAGGGCACCUACAUCUUCCACCUGACGCCGCAGCAAGCCACUGAGAUAGCAUCCGGGAAGGACAUAGUCGGGACCAGCAAUAAGCUCGACUAUGUGAUACAGGCACAACUGAGAUUCUGUCUUCUGGAGACGUCAUGCGAGCAGGAAGACUAUUUUCCACCUAGUGUUAAUGUUAAAGUAAACAAUAAGAUGUGUCCACUACCAAAUCCAAUACCCACAAACAAACCUACUCCGGAGCCAAAGCGGCCACCUCGGCCUGUCAACAUAUCGUCCCUAGUGAAACUGUCACCGACCGUAGCCAACACUAUCCAAGUGUCGUGGGGCGCUGACUUCACCAGGGCAUACGUUCUCGGUGUGUUUAUGGUCAGAAAGCUGACUUCAGCCGAGCUGCUGCAGAGGCUGAAGAAUAAAGGGACAAAGAAUCCGGAUUAUACUCGGUCAUUGAUCAAAGAAAAACUAUCGGAAGACUACGACAGUGAAAUCGCCACGACAUCGCUUCGUGUUUCCCUCAUGUGUCCCCUUGGGAAGAUGAGGAUGUCUUGCCCGUGCCGACCAGCCAACUGUCCACAUCUUCAAUGUUUCGACGCGUCACUAUUCCUGCAAAUGAAUGAACGGAAACCUACUUGGCUGUGUCCCGUUUGCGAUCGUCCGGCGCCUUAUGAUUCCCUGGUAGUUGAUGGCUACUUCCAAGAGGUGCUGACGUCCCCGCGGCUGGCGGCGGAGUGCAGCGAGGUGCAGCUGCACGCGGACGGCAGCUGGUCGGCGCACGCGCCGCCGCCGCGCCCGCACGCCGCCGCGCCGCCCGCCGCCGAGCCCGUCACGCUCAUACCCGACGACCUCGAAGUGAUACCAGUGGAAGGAGGCGGUGGUGGGGGGAAACGAGCAGCGGUGGGGGAAGCGCGAACGGCGAAACCCGCCGAAGCGGUCGUUGACCUCACAUCGGACUCCGAGGACGAGUUGCCUCUAAAGAGGAAGGUGCCACAACCUAAGUCCACACCGCCAGUUCCAGAGUCUUCAAUAAAGACAGAUGAUGGAUACGCGUCUUCCAAUGCGGAAGCGGUGUCGUCGAGCGGGUACCGAUCGCCGGCGGGCGGCGCCGCGGCGGCCGUCAUCUCGCUGGACAGCCCCUCGCCGCCCGCGCGCGCCGCCUCCCCGCGCGACCGCGCGCCCGAGCCUGACGGAGACAGGUGCACAAGCAACAACAGCGAGCGUGAAGACAGCGACGCUGCGCCCGCGCACUGGCAGCCUUACGCCGAGACUGACAACAAUAUGGACUCUUAUAGGAGAUACUGACUACGCGAGAAGAGUGGCCGCCCCUUGUACGCCAGCGGUCAUUCUUCAGAAGAGGAACAUGAACCGACUUACCCUGAGGUGCCACUGUUGCCACCUUGAACCAUAUAAAUCAGGCUUACAGGCUCUACUUAACUUUUACCAACCUACAAAGAACUAUGGAUAAGAUAGGUUUUAACGCGCACGUACCUUUUAAUUGUCAUGUUUUACGCCUAUGAGGAGCGGUCAUGCGGUAAAGAGGUCGCCAAUAAUAAUGUUCAUGCUAGUUAAAACCCGUGUUGUUUAUAGUAAGAGGUUGCAGAGCUAGCAAUUUGUAAGAAGAAACAAACUACUCAAAUUUCUUUUUGGUUGCGUGCGACCUGCAUCUCGAUUUCAACGCGCACAAUUUGGUUGCGUAGCAAAUUUUGAAUGUGAAAUCUAGUUUUUAUUGAAGUAUAAGUUUCUACAGCCCCAAGAGGCCAACAAAGCUUUUUCAGUCAUAGUUAAAAGUCCCAAAAAAUUUUGUCAAAUCUACCUAGAACUAAAGGAACCCUAAAUCUAUCUGUCAUUUAUAUAAGGAUCAACUGUGCUUCUUAAACUAUAGUUUGAUAAGAAUGACAGCAAGGUUUAUUUUGCGCAAUUUAGAGUUUUUUCUUUUUAAACUUUUAUUGAUAUUGGUCGAUCCUCAUUUUUCCAAAGUAACAAAAGAUUUCAUUAAUUUCAUGUUACGGUUCUGGCCCAACAUUCCAAGCAUAUGUAAUAAGUACAUCUAUUGCAAUUAUUGUUUAGUCAACGGCCCCCUUAUUCACGAACGUUGAGGAGACGUUGUCUUUUCUCUUUUUUGAUAACUUUAAUAAUAAAAUGUUUACAAGGCUUGUCAUAUCUUAUCUUCCCUAUAUAAGUUUCAUAAACGAUUCUGAGUAACCAUUCUGGUUUUUCAGUUUCAAAUACUAGACCACCCUGUUUUGCCAAACUUUGCGUCUUUGCGUUUGUAAAGAGGAAGGCCAGUAUAUCAGUUAUAUUUUAUGGAAUACAUUUUAAAACAAAGUAAAGUGAUCGUACGAUUUUCUAUCAAAUACUUAAAUGGAAUUAUUAAUAACCUGACCCGAAAUCACGUGUCAGGUUAGAAAUGACAUUGAUUUAAUAAAACUAUUGAUGUACAUAUACUUAGCUGCAUUGGUCUAAUUUAUAAGUUCAAUACGAUGACGAUGUUCGCGAAAUAGUAUUCUGAUGAAGUAAGUUUUUUUGGUGGAUUCACAGUGUUGAUCAUAAUUAAGUUCGUCGAUGAAAAAGUAAUAUUUAGUUUAAAUGCGCUGUUUAGGCGAGAUUUCGUUAGGUGGAGCGAGCGACCCGCCGAUGUUUUGUGAAUCCUUGUUCCAAAAAUAUUUAUGUUUGUGUUAUGUUGUAUUGAAAUAAAUAUAAUAUCAUAUUAAAAAAUAAGUUUUUUUAGAUUAAAGUUAGGUAAGUAAAUUUUAUACCACACGAAACACUGAAACUAUGACUCGCCUAACAUCGCAAGUGUACAGUUAAAAUUACUGUGCGGACCUCGGAAUCUAAUUUAUUUAUGUAGGUGUAGGCUAAUGCAAAUAUUUUGUACUAUAAUUCAAAGAACGAGCUGCUGAUGUCAAGAUUUAUGUUUCGGCCAUUCUUCCAACACGUCGAAAUAUGUAAGAAAUAACAAUACAUGUAAAUAUGCUCACAGUG